AUGAAGAUAGAUCUGUAUGAACAAAACAUGUUAGGAAGGAAACAGAGCAUGGAAGAUGAAUCAGAUGAAUAUGAUGAUGCAGAUGAGAAAGUGAGGCGGUUUAGUGGAAUUAGAAGCGAAUGGGGAUUCGAUAAACUCGUUUCUCUCCCUGAUUUCAAAGAUGAAUCCAAUGGAUACUUAAUGAAUGAUUGUUGCAUUUUUUGUGCUGAAAUUUUGGUCCUAGAAAGUGUUAAUAAAGGUGAGUGCUUGUCCAUGGUGAAGACGCCUGCAAACAAUAAGUAUACAUGGACAAUUCACAGAUUUUCAGAAUUGAAGUCAUUAUCUACUAAUUCCGAAGAGAUUGCCGUCGGUGGCAGUAAUUGGAGCAUAAUAGUUUAUCUGAAAGGGGAAUCAAGUGCGAAAUGCAAAAACUUAGCCAUAGUUUUAAAACCAGAGGAUCGUGCAGCUUUUACCCAUGGAAAAAAGUUGUAUGCCGAAUAUCAACUUUUGGGAAAGUAUCAGGAAUUGGAAGGAAACUUAAUAAGAGACUCUGAGUAG